AUGGAAGGCAUCCGCGUGGGACUCCGGAGACAGGAUCGAGGCGCCUCUGGACACAUUUCGAGAGGUCGAGACUUGAGGCAGAUCCCUCAAGAUAAAGAACUGACGAUGUCGUCGAAGCGCAAGUCGCUGCCGACGAAGGUGCUCGAUUCCUACAGCGACGCCAGUGAGAUGCUGGUGGAGGACGCGCCUCCUCUCGUCUCCACGACCGCUGGCGACUCCGACAACUCCGCCGGCGGCUCAGAGUUCAGCUACGGCGGCUGCGACGAAGGGACCGUCGGCAUGUCCCCCGCGAGGUGGUCCGACUCCGAGGUGGCGUCGGGCGACGCCAAGAGGAGCCGUCGGGAGAGCUCCGCCGACUCCGACGACCUCACGCAGCACCUGCACCCCUUCGCCAACCCCUACUUCCAGGCCCGCCUCCAGGAGGCCCGGCUCAGGCAGGAACACGACAGGCUGCUCCAGGAGGCGGCGGCUGCCAGACAGCACGAACAGCAGCAACAGCUGCAUCAUCUUCAACAGCAACAACAGCAACACAGCAGGCAGCAACAGCAGCAAGGAAGGAACUCCCUGUCCCCCCUGUCGGAGGCGGAGCGCGGAGGCAUGCUGGCCAGCGCCGCCAGGAAGUCCAUGGACGACGUGCUGAAGCGGCUCACCUCCAAGAUGAGCCACAGCACGAUCGACGACGCCGAGCGAGCCAAACGAGAACGAGAAAGUAGCAAGCCCCCUGAGGGCCGCACCGCGCCCCCAAGCCCCCCCUCCUCCACCGUGCCCAGCGGCGUGCCCCCCCUGGGCGACCAGCUGGCCUCCAUGUCCCAGCUGCUGAGCGCCGACCCCGAGGCCCUCCAGAGCCAGGAGAAGCGCAUCACAGAGAUCAUCGCUCAGCUGCAGAAGCUCCGCGAUUCGAUCCGGCAGCACCAGCCCCAGGAGCCACAGCACGAGAAGAAGUGUUCGCGUAUUUAUCCAAUCAGUGCAAGAAUGGAGGGCUAUGGGUUUAUACAGCUGUCAGCUUUUGCGUCGAAGCUCGUGACUCAGUAG